AUGGCCCACUAUACGAUCCAACAACAUGCAGCCUACAUCACUAAAGUGAGAGGGGUAUCCAUAUUAAUACAUAAAUCGGUGGCUUUUGAGUUGCUCCUAAAACUAACCGACCCACAAGGAUAUACUAGUAUGCUUACUAAACGACAAGUUUUACACACUAGUCAACAUCUAUGUUCCAAAUUUGAGACAACGCAGCUUCUUACAACACGUUACGUGAUAUGUGGCGACUUCAACCGCAUAUUGGACCCAUUGCUAGACUCAUCUGCUCCAAUUGGGGCACCCAGAAAAAGGAGAGUGAAGGCAGUCUGCCAAGUUCUCCACGAUGGAGGACCUAUCACCCCUCAGACAGACAAUACUCCCACUACUCAGCGGUACAUGCCUCCCACUCCAGAAUAG